AUGGCAUCGGCUUCUGCUGCUCGCGAUAUCCCUAAGACCUCCUCUCUCAGCCGAGACAACUUAACUGCUGUAGCGGCUGCUCGGAGCGUCCCUGUGACACGAACUCAUUCCCUUCCGACUCCUCCCAACUCCAUAUCACCUACGCUGCCGCCUCAUGGCCUAAAGGCACAGCUACACAAGGCCAAGCUCGAUUGUAUCGACUCGGACCUCGACCUUCACGAAGGCGUCGACCAUAGUCCUGUCGGUUCGCCGUCCUUUGAAUCGACAGGGGCUAUUACCCCGGCCCUGCUAGCCAAGUAUCAUCUUCCCGAGAUUUUGUUGAACCACGGUCCCCUGGCUAUUCGCUAUAUCAUGGGCUAUUUGACCACCUCGGUCCCCGGCUUUGCAGGAAUCCCCCCGCCCAAGGCACGAAGGCUAGUUGUUGCAGCACUAGAAGGACGUGGACAAGGACACGGUGUCGAAGGUGGUGGAGUCGAUGGUGACGUGGAAUUUCAAAAGGUGGGAUGGGGUCGGUGGGAUGCCAGGCGACGGGGCCAAGCUGCUCGAGAUGCGGUGUCUCGACAAUCCGUAAGCCAAGGCGACUAUAGAAUCCCUCCCACCAGUAUACCAAUCUCAAAAGUUACUGGGCGGAAUGCUGACCGAUCCCGCUUGAACGUACGAGCAGUUAGUAAUGGGAACUCGGCAGCUUUUUCUCACGACGAUCGGGAUGUGACCAUGACGGAGAACGAGGCCGAUAAAAUGUCUCUCGACUCUCUCGACGGCCCCGCUUCAGCUUCCUGCUCUUCCGCACCUGAUGAUGAAGACAUGGUCAUGAAUGACGAUCCCGAGGACGCCACAGACGACGAAGAUUGGGCAGCUGUAGGAGCUGCUGCACUACGGGCCGCCUCGUAUUCGAACCCGACCGAGGCCCGCCAAGGCGCAAGCUUCCCUUCCCAUGUAUAUAACUCUUGUGGUUUCCGAUCCUUCUCUGGCAACACAGGCAUGCUUCGGGAGCCACGUCUCGAUAAUAUCGACUUGGAUGCACUGGCGGCUUCGUCAGAUGCGCAAGAACGCGAAGCAAUCCAGGCGCUUUUACAACUUGGUUCUGUAUAA